AUGGGGGGGCUCGGGGGAAACUGGGGAAGCGGGGGAGCCGAGGGGUAACCAGGGAAGCGUGGGGAAGCGGGGUGCAGGGACGUGUGCGUGGGCCAAGGAUCACCUUGGAAUCUGGAGUCUGGCAGGAGCGGAGAGGGGCUGAGGGGCUGGCUUGGGCAGGGCUGGCGGGCACCUGGGAGCCUGGUGGGGACGAGGUGCGGGCUCCCAGGUGCCCAGGAGGCAGGAUAGCAUCGGCUGGAGAGUGAGGGGCCCAAGCCGGGGGUGCAGGAGGAAGAGGGGGGAGCCAGACAUUCAUCCCGGUCAAUUCUGGUUUCAGGUCGUGGCGGCUGGUGGACAGGGGCAGUUGGAGAGUGGUGCGCCCCGGGGCCAGGGGCCGUGGCGGUGUAGCUGGCAGCCGUGGGCAGGUGGAGACAGCGGUCUGCCGGGCCAGGUGAGUCCCCUUCCCUCCCUGGGCCUUGCUCCACUGGCCUCUGCACCAGGAGGCUCUGGGAGCAAGGCCGGCGAGGUGAAGCGGGAGACUGCCCGGCAGAGCGGGGAUGAUGGCAGGGCAGGCAGCACAGGGGACACCGUCUCAGGGGGAGCUGAGACCAGGCAGGCUGGGGGCCGCAGGCCGUCCCAGGCGGGAAGAGCAUUUCGAGAGAGUAGCGGGGAGAAGAGGAAGGGCUGCCAGCGAGGGAGGUGUCAGGGGGCCGCAGAGAUCCAGCACUUGCGGGGGCAUUCCAGGCCCGGGUCGGACAGCGAGGCAGGGGACUCAGGACCGCAGGGUCCCCAGCCGCCACCUCACCCACUGCAAUUCAUUUAGGAGAAGGUACAGGAGCGGCUCCGUCCAGGCCUCCCACGGCCUGAGCCGGAGCCUCGAGGGCUGGAGAAAGGGACAGAAGGCAGUGCGCGGGGAACCGCAGCGGGUUGUCACCUGGAGGGAGCGGUGGCCGCAGGGUGGGCCCCUGAGAGAUUCCCGCAGCAAGGAGGCUGCUGGGGGCCUGGCCUGCGGACGCGCCGUUCCCACGAGGCACUGCGGCCCAGGGGCUGGUGCGGGAGGGCCCCCGGCACGUGGGGACACUGUACGCCCUCACCGCUCCUCUGGGACUGGCACGGUAGACAGGACAGCAUCCAGGGGAGUCAAGGGCAUUGGAGACCAGAUUAGGCGAGGCGGGCGGGGCGGAGUGAGUGGGACUUCUCGGGGGGGGGGAGGUUGGGGCGCAGGCGGGGGUGAGGAGCCGGAGCCUGGUGGGGAGCCAGGGGGCACUGGCCUCCGAGCCCGUGGCCAAGCGGGCCUCUGCGGGUGAUGAUGGAGCAGAGAUCGGUGCCUCUGCGCUCGGACCGGAGACGAGGUCACGUCUCCGGCAGGGGUGGACGUGUCUGCCAGCCACCGAAGGCCGGGCGGUAGGUAGGACAUGCUCAGAGGGACAUGAUAUGGUCCGGCGUGACGGCGAGGACAGACAGGACGCCGUCCAGCCUCCCUGAACAUCCUUGGCUGGCCCCGCGGGGAGCUGGGCACCAGCAUCUCUGUUCCUUUGCUUUCCUGAAGGAGCCAAUACACUAUGCUGCUCUCUAGACCCCAGAACCCUCAAGACGACAAGAAAUGGUGCUACCCAGCUCAUGCCUGGGCCUUGGAACCCGGACUUCUUCAAGUCCUUCUAGCUCUGAUCCAAGAAUAUGCUGCAUUCUGGAACCACUACACCACUUGACUCAGGAACCAGCUCUGGAAGGUCAAGCCAAAGGAACAGACGACCCACAACACCGGACAAACCAGCGGCACCCGCGGCCACACCCACCCCCCGCCCGGCAAUUCCAUCUUUGCGGCCACCCCGCCACGUCCAGGAGACCAUCAGCACCCUCCCUUCCUCCUCUUCAUCCUUUUCUCUGACUUUUUUCUACUCUUCUCUCCUCUAUCCUUUGCUCAGAGGACCCAGAGCAUCCAGGACUCCGCUUCCCCGUCCCUCCUGAAUUAAUUUGCACUAAGUCGUUUGCACUGGUUUGGGGUUCUGGAACCAGCCUUGGGUCUCUGAGCGAGUGUCUGAGCAAACUGCUGAGUGGCCCGGCCUCCUUGGCCUGCGUGCCCCCGCCCAGCGCCCACCGUCCUUCAUCUCUGUCUGGGGGUGACCGGGUUGGGGCCUGAGUGUGUGAGGCCCCGCCCUCCCCUCGCCUAGUCUGGAGGCUCCAAACACCGAGCCAGCCCUGAAGCAUUCCGUCACGCGGCCCUCUCGCCACGUGCCCCUCCCCACCAGGACUUCCCCAGAAGGCCUGGACUCAUCAAUAAACUCAGUCACAGGAA